AUGUCGGAAAAGGAGUCGCAGCAGGAAACGUCGACCCCGGGCGAAGGUCUCCCGCCCGGGACCAUUCGUCUGAUUGACACGGACGGCGGGAUUUCCUCCAAACAUGCCGACGGCAAGGGGCAAAGCGACAUCAUUUUGGUUCCUUCCCCCAGUGAAGAUCCCGAAGAUCCCCUGAAUUGGGAUCUCAAGCGCAAGAUUCUGGCGACUAGCUGUGUGGUUGUGUACACGAUCAUGAUUGCGAUUCCGUCAAGCGCCGUCUAUUCCAUCGUGACCCCGAUUCGUGCCGCAACGUCGCUGACCUUGACCGACAUCAACAAUGGAACUGGCAUCAUGUUUCUCUUUUAUGGCUGGGGUUGCAUCUUUUGGCAAGCCAUUGCAUUGCAGUACGGCAAGCGGCCAGUCUACCUCUUCUCCCUCGUGGCCAACAUCAUCAUCCUGGCCACCGCUCCUCUCUGCACCACCUCCGGCACCUAUUUGGCGAAUCGUAUCAUUCUAGGCUUCUUUGGUUCCCCCGUCGAGUCUCUGUGCGAAAUCUCCAUUGUCGACAUUUGGUUCGCCCAUGAGCGUCCCAAGUACCUGGCCUGGUACGGCUGGUCGCUCUCGCUGACUGGCAAGCUAGCCCCUAUGCUCUCUGGCUUCAUCAACUAUGGCAUGGGGUGGAAGUGGACCUUGUGGUGGUGUUCAAUCUGGAAUGGAAUCGCUCUCGUCUACUGCUUCUUCCUCAUGGAAGAGACCAACUAUGACCGAAAACACGUUGCCACCACCGCAUCGCAGGUGCAUGCAGUUCCGUCAGAGGUGGCCGUGCCAUCCCAGGAUGCAAAGUCUGAGAAGCCGGCGCCUUCUGCUGCUCUGCCCGAGGAUCGCGAAGUGGGACAAGUCUCGUGGCCCAGAAAGUCGUACAUGGACAAGCUCAGUCUUAAGGACAAGAAGAGGCCCAACCGCCUGCUUGACAUCAUGGCAGCUCCCUUCAAGGGAUUCACCUAUCCUGCAGUCGUAUACGCUGGUUUCAUGUACGGCGCAAACUCUUUGGUCUGGCAAGGAGUUCAGAAUGCCACAAUCGGUACAGUCUAUACUACUCAGUAUGGCUUCAGCACUGCCACCGUCGCCGCCGCUUACGCUGGUGGUGUCAUUGGAACAGUCAUUGGUGGAUACUAUUGCGGAAAGGUUGGUCGCAUGCUGACGAUUCGGUUGGCACGUCGCAAUGGUGGCAUUUCUGAAUCGGAACAUGUUCUCUACAUUUUCACGGCUAGUGUAUUCCUCGUCCCCUUUGCCAUGAUCCUGUACGGAUUGGGCGUCACCUACCACCUCCACUGGUUCGCACUGGUCAUUACCCAGGUUGCCUUGGCCAUCAAUGCUGCGCUCUGCGUGUCGACCGCCCUGGGAUACGCCAUGUCGAGUUACCCCGAGCUUUCUGGCCAGAUGGUCACGACUUGCGUCUUGAUCCGAAACACGCUGUCUUUUGCCAUAAAUUAUGGCAUUACUCCUUGGCUCAAUGCAAGCGGCUAUCUCAGAGUUUAUUGCAUCGUCGGUGGUAUUGGGCUGGUGUGGAAUGCAAGUUCAUUCGUCAUGGCGAGAUACGGACGCAGUUUGAGAGAAAAGACGGCCGCACGAUACUAUCGUGACGUGGACCGUGCCAGAGCCAAGGGACUGGGGCAUUAA